UGGCUCUUAACUGCCUCCUUUUCUGAUGAUUUUAAAUUUUGUGUUGAUUAAUCUUUAUUAUUUGAUUGCAGACCACACUGCAGAACCUGUCGGAGCACAUCCUGGCUGUGAUGGACAAUAAGAACCCCUCCAUUAAGCAGCAGGCCUCCUUGUUUCUGGCCCGGUCCUUCAGACACUGUACCCAGGCCAUGCUGCCGAAGAGUAUUCUCAAACCUCUCUGUGCUGCCCUCACCAAGCAAGUGAACGACUCUUCACCGGAGGUUCGUGAUGCUGCAGUCGAAGCUUUGGGCACAUCCAUGAAAGUGGUCAGAGAGAAAGCGGUCAACCCCUUCCUGGCUGACCUGGACAAACUCAAGAAGGAUAAGAUAAAGGAAUGUGCCAACAAAGUUGAGCUCCCUGGAGGAAAGAAGGUCGGAGGAGGAAAAGAUGGAGGGACUGAACAGAAGGCUGUAGCUGCUAAAGCUGCUCCUCCUGCUGAAGCUUCACCCAGAUCAUCUGUUCUCAACAAAAAGCCUCAAACUGCUCCUGCCAGCAAGCCAUCAGCAGGUCCACCCAAGAAAGUAAAACCUACAUCUGCAGCCAGUGGGAAAGCCAGAAAAGCGCCUGACACGAAAGAGUUUAUUGAGAGCGAAUUAGCGAGGUUGGAAAGAGAGAGUGAAGCCACCAUCAGCUGUCUGGACCUGGUCCUGAAGUGGUUCACUCUGAGGUUUUUCGACACCAACACCACAGUAAUUAUGAAGGUGCUGGAGUAUCUGAAGAUGCUCUUGCCAUGCUGAACAGGGAGAAUUAUCACCUCACUGAGUAUGAAGCCAACUCCUUUGUCCCCUACCUCAUACGGAAGGUUGGCGAGUCAAGAGAUGUGGUUCUGAAAGAUGUCCGGGCAAUUCUCACCAUGCUCUGUAAUGUCUAUCCGGCAUCAAAGAUCUUUCCUUUCCUCAUGGAUGGAACAAAGUCCAAGAACUCCAAACAGAGAGCUG